AGGGCUUCACUUCUAAAAGAAAUUGACCAAAAAAAGAAAAAAAAUAGAAGGAAAAAAUGGACUACAUAGGAUAGCUAGUGUGGGCCUAAGAGUAUUAAGAUGAAAAUACAGUGAUCCCAUAAAAGGUGUGUCCAAAAUACCUACUUAACAUUUGAAUGCCCCGACCGUGAUAACUGCGUAAAGGUGGAGGGCGUGUUCUGAAAACUACUAAGAGAGAGCGCUCCUAUGGGCUUUGCUCUUUAUCUCAUCUUCAGAUAAAAAAGUUGCUGAUCAGAAAAAGCGCUUAAAAGAGAAGCACAUCUACUCCGCAAGGAAAGCGACCAACUUCGGUCAGUGGCAAAGCUGAGCGUUCCGGGCCGUCCGGGAGGGCCGAGCGCCCCUGACGCGCAACUGAGCCUUGUCUGGGUCCGGUUCUUCAUCUCUUAAUUGUACGGGCGGAAAUUUCUUCCAAGUCGACGCACUUGCGGAGCCAGCGAGCCCGGGGCUCGUUUCCCCCAGCGCAGGCCGCGUCGGGGAGCGGCGCCCGUCGGAGCGGGACGCCCUGUCGCCUCCAGUCCACGUGGCCGAGACCGGCUCGCUCAGCUGCAGACCCCCUCGAGACUGGCUUCCUGCCUGGGCUCCUGUUGUGUCGGCACGCGUGGAAGCAGGGGAUGGGCUCAGCGGCCGCCGCCCGGACGUGACCCCGAAGGAGCAGUGAGGGACCCGGAGCUGCUGAAUUCAUUUGGGGGGCAGCCUUGUGGAUGGCCCCGAAGCAAGCCUGAUGGAACAAGACAGAAGCAACCAUGCUGAGGGCAACGGACUGAGUCCAUUCCUGACACCGUUGCCGGCUCCCAGUGGCCAGACAGACCCUCUGGCUAUCAAGCUCCAGAAUGGAAGCCCGUUAACUGAGAGACCUCUUCCAGAAGUAAAUGGGGACAUCAAGUGGCCAUCUUUCAAAAGCUACUAUGGAAUCCCCCACAUGGAAGGAAGUCCGAGCAGCCGUGAGAGCCCGGACUCCAUACAGGAAGGUAGAGGGUAUUCCAAGUGCUUGCAGAACGGCGGAAUAAAACGCACAGUGAGCGAACCUUCUCUCUCUGGGCUCCUUCAGAGCAAGAAAUUGAAACCAGACCAAAAGGCUAAUGGAGAAAUAUCCAGCUUCGGGGAAAGCCAAGAAAGAAAUGCAGGUGAAAGCAGCAGCCGACCAAACGCCUCCACUCUGAGCGAGAAGACAGAGUCCGUGAACUCUGGAGCCCAGGAAAAUGCAGCUCAAGGUCUCCCCGGGUUUUCCACACGUAACUGCGGCGGGUCUGAAAAUCCAGAGCUCCGGGUUCUAAGCGAGCGGGAGGGGGAGAGUGCUAACUACGAGGACAAGAACGUUGUAUUACUUCUUAAACACAAGGCAGUGCUAAUGCCUAAUGGUGCUACAGUUUCUGCCUCUUCCAUGGAAAACACACACGGCAAACUCCUGGAGAAAACACUGUCUCAAUAUUACCCAGAUCGUGUUUCCAUUGCGGUGCAGAAAACCACAUCUCACGUGAAUGCCAUUAGCAGCCAGGCUUCUAACGCGUUGUCCUGUGAGAUCUCUCAGCCAUCGCAUACCUCAGGGCAGAUCAAUUCUUCACAGACCUCCAACUCCGAGCUGCCUCCAGAGCCAGCUGACCCCGCGGCCGUGGUGACUGGGGCCUGCGACGCGGACAGCGCCAGUAACCCCGCUGCAGCGCUGGCCGCCUGUCCCAUCCUGAACCCAGAGCGUCUCCCGCAGCAGCAGGUGGCAUUCGCGGCAGGCCCAUCCCCUGUGGGACACAGCCAUGGCCCUGGAACCACGCUGAGCGCCUCCAGUGACGAAUUCUGCUCGGGUUCCAGCGGCAGCCUGCAAGCUCCUGGUGGCAGCUCUGAACGGUAUUUAAAGCAAAUUGAAACGAAUGGUGCUUACUUCAAGCAAAGCUCAGUGUUCACUAAGGAUUCCUUUUCUGCCACUACCACCCCACCACCACCCCAGCUGCUUCUUUCUCCCCCGCCUCCCCUCCCACAGGCGCCCCCGCUUCCUGCAGAAGGGGAGAGCUCUCUGAAUGAGGGCGUCUUGGAAGGACACCAUCCUUACCCCAGCCAAAGCAACACAACUCUUCUACGGGAGCUGAAGGUAGAGGCUCAGCCUGAGACGCCUCCAUGUCAGAGUCCUAACCCAGCCAUGCAGGUACUCGAUGCCUCCCUGCUGCUUCCAGAAAGGCCUCAGAAUAACUGUGUUAACAAGAGCGACCUUCGGACCCCAGGGACGAUGACCGUCCCGUCGUGUCCCGAGGUAACAAGGCCUUUCUCGGAACACCUCAAGCACAGCCCCCAGGUGCUCGGGAGCAGUGACGGUCUGCAGGACCCCUGUCAGCAGGCGAUGGGGCACAAAGAGCGAGAGAGGCCGACGCGGCAAGGCGUGGACGACCCGCGGGAGCCUGUGCGCCCAGCACAGCACUACCUGAAACCAGGCUGGAUAGAACUGAAGGCCCCGCAUUUUCGUCAAGCGGAAUCUCACCCAAAGCCUGCCGAGGCCUCGCAGCGGUCAGUCCUCCAGUAUCAGCCCAGCUCCUCCAAUCAAAUGACCUCUACACAGUACACUGGAAACUUCCACACGCCUGGCCAGCUCUCCAGGCAAGCAUACACCCAGAAAGCAAUGGUGCCAGAGCAGACGUCACAGACGCACCAGGCCGAGAUGAGCCGGGGGCAGUCUCAAGGCGCCGGGGACCAACAGCUCCAGUUCCAAACACCCUCACACCAGGUGCACGUCUCCAGGACAGACCCUUCGCCCAGAGCUCCUGUGCAGUCACUCUGUGCCCCUAGGUUUCAUUUUCCACAGAGAGCAGACCCCCAGACUGAGAAACUGACAACUCCAUUGCUAAAACAGCACUUGAACCAACAGGCUUCAGAGAUCGAGCCAUAUUCAAACUCACACCUUUUGCAGACUAAGCCUCAUAAGCAGGCUGCACAAAUGCCCCCAUCCCAGAAUUCACAGCUCCCUCCUAGCCAGCAGCAGCAAAAACUGCAGCUGAAGCAUAAAGAACAAAUGCCCCAGACUUUCCCUCAUCCCCAAGGCAACAAUGAUCAGCAAAGAGAAGGAACGAUCUUUGGACAGAUUAAUGUGGAAAAAUGCUUUCGUGGUGAAAAGCAGUAUUCAAAACCAAACGAGUUCCAGACUUAUGAUAAACACGUGGCACUGGAGCAAGUCCGGCAUCUGAACAGCAGAACUCUCCCUUAUGGCCAGAUCACGAAGUCAGGUGCAAGCCAAGUGCAAAUUCCUUGUCCACACAGUACACACCUAGGUCCAGAGAAUAAAGAGCAGACUGCACAUCCAGAACUCUUUCCAGGAAACAAGGCCCAAACCAUGCCUCCCAUCCAAUAUUUCCCAAAUAAUGGGACUCCAAAGCAAGAUGUCCUUCACAGGUGCUUUCAAGAACCAGAGAAGCCUCAGCAAGCUUUGGUUCCGCAGGGAUAUAAGAGUACAGACCGAGAUACGUCUCAUCCACACGGUGCACAACUAGCUCAGCAAAGGUACUUGACGCCUACACAGGCGAAUGCUUUUCCUGUGCCUGACCAGGGAGGAGGUCACCUGCAGACCCCUCCCCAGAAGGACAUUCACAGACAUGCUGCUCUUAGGUGGCACCUCUUACAGAAGCAAGAGCAGCAGCAAACACAGCAGCAGCAAGCAGAGUCAUACCACAGCCAGAUGCAGCGGCCCAUCAAGGUCGAGCCAGGAUCCAAGCCCCAGGCCUGCAUGCGCCCUGUGUCAGCACAGCCAGAACAACAGAAGCUGUGGAAAAAAGUAACCAAGCAAGAGGUGCCCCCUCCAAGCUGUGAGAACGUGCAGCAGAAGAGCAUUCUAGAAACCAUGGAGCAGCAUCUGAAACAGUUUCAGGUCAAGUCGUUAUUUGACCAUAAAGCUCUGACUCUCAAAUCACAGAAGCAAGUUAAAGUCGAAAUGUCAGGGCCAGUCACGGUCCUAAGCAGGCAAAUGACCGCCAUAGACCUCGACAGCCACACCCCAGCAUUAGAGCAGCAAGCAGCCUCUUCCUCAGAAAAGACACCAACCAAACGGACAGCUGGCCCUGUUCUCAGCAAUUUCUUAGAGUCACCUUCCAGAUUACUAGAUACUCCCAUAAAAAAUUUACUGGAUACACCUGUCAAGACUCAGUAUGACUUCCCAUCAUGCCGAUGUGUAGAGCAAAUUAUUGAAAAAGAUGAAGGUCCUUUUUAUACCCAUCUAGGAGCAGGUCCUAAUGUGGCAGCUAUUAGAGAAAUCAUGGAAGAAAGGUUUGGACAGAAGGGUAAAGCUAUUAGGAUUGAGAGAGUCAUCUAUACUGGCAAGGAAGGCAAAAGCUCUCAAGGAUGUCCUAUUGCCAAAUGGGUGGUUCGCAGAAGCUGCGACGAGGAGAAGCUGCUGUGCCUGGUGCGGGAGCGAGCCGGCCACACGUGUGAGGCCGCGGUGAUCGUCAUCCUCAUCCUGGUGUGGGAAGGGAUCCCGCUGACGCUGGCGGACAAGCUGUACUCCGAGCUCACCGAGACCCUGCGCAAAUACGGCACGCUCACCAACCGGCGCUGCGCCCUGAACGAAGAGAGGACCUGUGCCUGCCAGGGGCUGGACCCAGAGACCUGCGGUGCCUCCUUUUCCUUCGGCUGUUCCUGGAGCAUGUACUACAAUGGCUGUAAGUUUGCCAGAAGCAAGAUCCCACGGAAGUUUAAGCUGCUUGGGGAUGACCCAAAAGAGGAAGAGAAACUAGAGUCUCAUUUGCAGAACCUGUCCACUCUUAUGGCGCCGACAUAUAAGAAACUUGCACCUGAUGCAUAUAAUAAUCAGAUCGAGUACGAACACAGAGCCCCCGAGUGCCGCCUGGGUCUGAAGGAAGGCCGCCCGUUCUCAGGAGUCACCGCGUGCCUGGACUUCUGUGCCCACGCCCACAGGGACUUGCACAACAUGCAGAACGGCAGCACGCUGGUGUGCACCCUCACAAGAGAGGACAAUCGGGAGGUCGGAGGGAAGCCUGAGGACGAGCAGCUCCACGUCCUGCCGUUGUACAAAGUCUCCGAUGUGGAUGAGUUCGGGAGUGCAGAAGCCCAGGAGGAGAAAAAGCGGAGUGGUGCCAUUCAGGUCCUAACAUCGUUCCGCCGGAAGGUCAGGAUGUUAGCAGAGCCCGUUAAGACUUGCCGGCAAAGGAAACUGGAAGCCAAGAAGGCUGCCGCUGAAAAGCUGUCUUCUCUGGAGAGCGGCCUGAAGAACGAGAAGGACAAGGCGGCCUCUGCACGUCCGAAACAGACGGACAGCGCGAGCCAGGCCAAGCAGCUGGCAGAACUCCUGCGACUCUCAGGACCAGUUGUGCCCCAGCCCCAGCCUGCACAUCACCCCCUGAUUAAUAACCCUUCAUCAGAUGCUCCCAGCUCUUACUCUCCCUCUGGAUCCACCAGUCUAUACAUGAGACAGCCUAACCCAGUUAGUUCUUACCCAAGCUCUUCACACACGUCAGGUGUUUAUGGAGGUGCCGACACUAUGAGCCUCUAUGCCACCUCAUCCCAAGCUGCAGGUUCAUAUUUGAAUUCUUCUAAUCCCAUGAACCCCUACCCUGGGCUUCUGAAUCAGAGUCACCAGUACCCAUCAUAUCAAUGCAAUGGCAACGUAUCAGUGGACAACUGCUCCCCAUACCUGGGUUCCUAUUCUCCCCAGUCCCAACCUGCAGAUCUGUACAGGUACCCAAGUCAGGAACAUCUCUCCAAGCUCAAUCUCCCACCCAUCCACACGCUUUACCAGCCGAGAUUUGGAAACAGCCAGAGUUUUACCGCUAAAUACUUAGGUUACGGAAACCAAAACGUACAGGGAGAUGCCCUCAGCAACUGCACCAUCCGACCAAAUGUACACCACGUGGGGACGUUCCCUUCUUAUCCCACUCGCGAGGUGGACAGCCACUUCCUGGGAGCCACGUCGCGGUUACCUCCCAAUCUGAGCAACCCCAACCUAGACUACAAGAAUGGUGAGCACCACCCCUCUCCUCACGUGGCCCAUAACUAUGGUGCAGCUGCAGGUGUGCUCAGCAGCUCUCUCCACGCCCUGCCUGUCCAGAGCAAGGAGGAGGAUGUGCUUUCCCACACAGCAAAUGGGCUGUCUAAGGUGCUUCCAGGUCUUGCCCAGGACAGAACUGCCCCUGUCCAUGGUGGCCUGCACAGGUUAGGGGAGGCCCACAGUCAGGAAAAGCAGCCUCCGGCCCCAGGCCAGGGCGUGGCUCCGGCAGAGGAUGGGGAUGUCUGGUCCGACAGCGAGCAGAGCUUUCUAGAUCCUGACAUCGGGGGUGUGGCCGUGGCCCCCACGCACGGGUCAAUCCUCAUCGAGUGUGCAAAGCGUGAGCUCCACGCCACUACCCCCCUAAAGAAUCCCAACAGGAACCACCCGACAAGGAUCUCGCUGGUCUUUUACCAGCACAAGAGCAUGAAUGAGCCGAAACAUGGCUUGGCUCUCUGGGAAGCCAAGAUGGCAGAGAAAGCCCGUGAGAAGGAGGAAGAGUGUGAGAAGUACGGCCCGGACUACGUGCCUCAGAAAAGCCACGGCAAAAAGGUCAAGCGGGAGCCCGCCGAGCCACACGAACCUUCGGAGCCCACUUACCGGCGCUUCAUCAAGACCCUGGCCGAGAGGACCAUGUCCGUGACCACGGACUCCACAGUGACAACGUCCCCGUACGCCUUCACGCGGGUCACGGGGCCUUACAACAGAUACAUCUGAUGUCGCCCUCUCGUCGGUUACCUCAUUGGAAAAGGCCACAGCCAGCCCGUCGGCCAUGUGGCUCCUGGGACAUGGGUGGUGGGCAGCAGUCCCCAUAUUCACGAGUGUGAUGGGAAAGACCUCAGCUCCCCACAAACCAAGAGGUGGCCUUACCGUAGCACGCCCUCUCCAGCGACUCCCAGUGGUCACAGAUGGGGCAUGCUACGCAGAAGGCAGGAAGAGUGGCCCACGGUUCACUUCAAACACUGGCUCCAUUGCUGGACGAGACGAGCAUGGAGGUGACAUUCUGCCCCUUACAGUGCUUCACAUCUGUGACCACUGAGAACAACGCCGAGUCUGUGUCGCGGAUCACAGGCCAGCCCUGCGGUGUCACAGCGGCAGGAGCUUGGCAUGCCGCCUGGUGCUGAAUGAAUAGACGGAGGGACUGAAAUACUGGAAUUAUGGCUUAACAUGCAGUUUUUACUGUAAUCUUAAUAGUACUUUUUAUUUAUCAAAAUAGCUACAAAAUACGUAAAUGAAUAGCAGCAAAACACUGAAUUUGUUUGGAUGUUCUAAGAAAUGGUGCUAAGAAAAUGGUGUCUUUUAAUUGUUGAAAAUUUAAUGCCUUUAUAUCAAGAUGCUAUCUGUGUACUCCAGUGCCCUGAAACAAUGGGGUACCUUUUCUUUCAAGUUUUUAAUCAUAAUUACCUAUUCUUAAACAAGCUUUUUUUUUUUUUUAACAAAAUGUGGACAUUUUAAAGGCCUCUGGAUUUUGCUCAUCCAGUGAAGUCCUUGUGGGACAGUAAACAUAUAUGUACAUAUGUACACACACAUGUAUAUGUGCACACAUGUAUAUGUAUAAAUAUUUUAAAUGGUGUUUUAGAAGCACUUUGUCUACCUAAGCUUGGACAACUUGAACAAUGCUAAGGUACUGAGACUUUUUUAAGAAGAGUUUACUUUCAUUUCAGAAUGCAAAGUGGAUUUUUUUAAGGAAAUAAGGAAAGCUUUUAUGAUAUUUUUGCUCUUAGUCACGCAUCUACAGCCAGUUAGAGCCCAGCUGGGGCCUCCUGGAUUCAAGGGGACCGUCAGUCCACAACAUACGUUUCUGGUGCUCAUGUCACAGCCAUGCUGUACAGUGUGCUGCCACGUCGGGUGGCAGGCCCAUUGCUCCCGUGUGCACAGUUCUGCAUUUUCUGUUAACGGCAGGUGAUCCGUAAUUGGCCGCCUGCUCCAGGCACCACCCGACUCCUCCACUUCAGCUUCGGCUGCUUUAUGGACCUCUAUGCCCUUCCGAGAGCUGAAGGGCAGUCUGCUUGUGUGUCAAUAAUUCUGUCCUUGGUGCCGUCGUUCCUUAGCUAAGUGUCCUCUUUACCAGGAAGGUGGAGCAGCCGACGCCUGCGUAAGAUGAACAAACAGGGUUAGUUCCAUGUGAAUCUGUUGGUUACAAGAAACACAAAACAGGCAGCUGUUUGCUGUGGUGGUUUUAAGUCAUUCAUUUGUAUAAAGAAGUGGAAGAGUUGUAUAGUAAAUUAAAUUGUAAACAAGACUUUUUAACACGAUGCUUUAGUAUUUUAGUACUGUAAAAAAUUUAAAUAUAUACAUAUAUAUGUAUAUACGUAUAUACAGAUCUAUAUGUGUAUAUCUAUAUGGGUUUGAAGCAGAAUUCACAUCCUGAUGGUGCUACUCAGCCUGCUACAAAUGUCAUAAUGUGAGCGAAGAAUUCAUUGGAAGUUUGAGUGAUGCGUUCCUAUCUUGUCAUAUACCUCAACACUAGCUUGGCAAUAGGAUACUGAACUGAGAGUGAAAGCAUAGAGCAUUGUGUACCAUCAUUUUUACCAAGUCUUUUUUUUAAUUUUUUUUUUUUAAAAAUCAUACCUUUGUUUCAAUACUUGAUUUCUUAGCAAGUAUAACUUGAACUUCAGCCUUUUGUUCUAAAAAUUCAGGGAUAUUUCAGCUCGUGUUCUCCUUAUGCCAACAUGCCACCUGUGUUUAUGUCACAUGGUUGUAGGUUAAUAACUAUUCUUUUUCAGGGAUUUAACCUUUUUAUUCUGAAUCCCUCUUACUUGUCUAUGUACUGAUGUAACUAAAACUGAUUUUGUAAAUUGGUUGGCUCUUUUUAUUAUAAAGAAAACAUUUUAAAAGUUUGGGGACUCCUAUGACUGUCCAAGCAGAAUAUAAUUACAUGAAAAGAGAAUGCACUGAGUUGAUAAAGGGAGAAUUACGAGGCAGGAGUUUGGCAAGUGGCCGUUAGCCAGAGGUUUUUCACUCUCUAAAGGAAGCUUUCUGGGCCCUGUGUCAGCACAGGUUCGUGCUCCGCGAAGACUUCCCCAACAAGCCAACACCUCGAGCUAUGGUGUGCAAUAGACUGUGUGUAAACAAUUGCCCUUGUGUAAAUACGUUCUUGCUUACUAGCAUUUCAAAUAAAUUCUUAAUCAAGAGGCCUUUGGGUUGUAUUGGUCAAAUCUUUAUAAGAUGGCUUUUGUCUUUUAAAAAAAAAAAAAGUCUCUAGUUUUUGGCUGCAUUCAACUUACAAACAUUUCAAAAAUGUUUGCUCUGCGUAUAGACCACAUGGUUUUCACGUUUUCCAUCCAGCGUCCUGUCUACCCCAAAGCAUUUGGUUGUUACACAUACACUUGGUUGUUCUGAGUCAGCCAUGCCUAAGGAAUACUUGGUUCGUCAUCCACUGUCAUCUGUCAAACUGCUAGCCAACGAGAGCAGGAUUUGCAGUCUGAGGGGUGGGGAGAGGUCAGGUAGAGGAAGGGAGACAACUGAGCAGCAUAUUGUAAAUAGCAGAUCAUUGUAAAUAUCACACCUGCCUCGGAAGGAACGGAAAGCAGAUCUACAGUUUGCUUCUCUAGGAAUAUCAGGUUGACUAGAUAGCCAUACUUGAAGAUGCUUCUGAGUGGUGUCAACGUUACUUGAAUGAAUUUUUCAUCCUGAUUGACACAGUGCUGUACAGUUCACGGCUCGAGCUAGUAGUUAACCUGUGUAGGAGACUUGCAGUUGGACACUAAAACAAUGAACUUCUAUGUGCAUUUUUCUAUGCUUUACUUUUUGUAAGUUAGUCUCAUUUCAUUUUCAUGAGAUGUUUGGUUUAUAAAAUCUGAAGAUGGUUAUAAAUACUGUAAGUAUUGUAAUGUUAUGAAUGCAGGUUAUUUGAAAGCUGUUUAUUAUUAUAUCAUUCCUGAUAAUGCUAUGUGAGUGUUUUUAAUAAAAUUUAUAUUUAUUUAAUGCA